UACCGCGCGACGCUGGAAUCUUCCGGUGUCCGUCCCGAUGGCGAGCUAAAGAUGUGGGCUCAGUUGCUUGUGCUGCUUGUGUUUCUUUCCAAACCCGCUUGUUGUGUUUUCCAGACGUUUUACUGCACAUUUUCUGACAGCUGCGACUGUGACUUCCGGCCCAAUGUCCGAGAGUUGGAGUGGGACCUCUACAAGAACGUCUAUGGCCAACAUCUGGCUCAGGACAUCAUCUCUGAGGAGUUGUCCAAGUUCCUUCAGAAUAAAAGCCCAGAGAAGCCCCUGGUUCUGUCUUUCCACGGCUCUACCGGGACCGGGAAGACGCUGGUCAGCUCCAUGCUGGGGAAUCACCUGUACGGCUCGGCCAUGAGCAGCCCAUACGUCCACCGCUUUAUUCCCACGCUGCAUUUCCCCUCGGCUGGCGAGGUGGACCGGUACCGGGAGCAGCUGAAGGGCUGGAUCCAGGGGAACCUGACCGAGUGCGCUCGCUCCGUCUUCAUUUUUGACGAGAUGGAGAAAAUGCCAUGCGGGCUCAUCGACGUCCUGGAGCCUUUCCUGGGUCCUUCGCACGUCGUCUUUCGCACAAACUACCGCAAAGCCAUCUACGUCUUCAUCAGCACGGCAGGUGAGGAGGUGGUGAACAAAGCGGCCCUGGAGCAGCGUCAAGCUGGACGCGACCGAGAGGAGAUCACGUCCUCCGACCUGCAGGACGCCAUUGCUCAGGCGGUCUACGACAACAACUCCAGUGGUCUCUUCAACUCGUCCAUCAUCCAACAGAAGCUCAUCACGUCCUUCGUGCCCUUCCUGCCUCUGAGUCGCCACCACGUGGAGCGCUGCGCGCGCUCGCAGCUCUGCCAGCGCGGCGCCUGCCAGCGCGGGGAUGUGGUGCGGGCGGUAGGGGACGACAUGACGUACACGCCAACGCCAGGACACUUCUUCUCCGCCAGUGGCUGCAAGAACGUCCCCGCCAAGAUUAACUUUUUCCUGUGAGCUUGGGGCCGACUGUGGCGCGGGACGCCUACGGGAACUUCCUGUUCAUGUUCAUGUCAACAUCAGACCCCCCCCCCCCCCCCCCCCUCCUCCCCCCCAGUCCAAUCGGACUCAUCAAGUCCAUAAUCGGACUCAUCAAGUCCAUAUUUGAGUUUUUUUUUUUUUUAAUGAAAAGUGGACACUGCUGUGAGAAACACCUCAUCUUAUGGGAUCAACGUGAAGGAGCUGCAGGACGAACCACGUGAAGCUUUCAUCUUCUCUCCAGAACCUUAUGAACAAAACGCUUAUUUUAAUAAUAACGUAUUUAAAAAGUAUCAUCCAUAAAGUACACGUUGGCGAGUUUUUUUAAUUCAUUGGAUGUACAUCACCUCGUCCUCCAGCAGAGGGCGUCAAGGACUGGCUAGUGAGCACGUGGAUGGAGGAGCAACACACACGAUGCCUUGUUGACGUCUCAGUGGUUCGGCUGCAUAAACAACAUCGCUCGCUACAUUUUUGUCCUUUUUUAAAUACAUGUUCAUAACUUUAGGCUGCUGGUGCGUCAGUACACUUCAGUAAGUACACCGCACUGUCUACUUAGUUCAUGAGCGUGUGAGUUGUGACAGUGAAUUACUGUCAUGACUGUUUACAUUUCUACAUUUUGAUUGAUUUAAAUAUAACAGAAUAAUAUCAAAAAACGGCAAUGUGUUUAUUCAUUAUUUCAAAUAUAAUGAUGUGAUGUUAUAACGAUGUGAAAUUAAGUAUUAAUUAUAUUUGCUUAUUAUAAUGAUCGUGGCAUAUGUGGUUCUUGGUAUGUAACAGGUUGUUACGUGGGUGUGUCAGGAUGGCCGAGCGGUCUAAGGCGCUACGUUCAGGUUGUAGUCUACUCUGUGGGCUUGUGUUAGAAUCCCACUUCUGACUCGUAACUUUUGUAACGUCUGAUACCGCGUGCGGUUUGCUAACGUGAUGGUGAUGGUGGCUAGCUUGGGACCCUCCCUAGAAGCACCUGCGUGCUAAAGUCCUCUUAGUGCAAAUCAUCACACACACGCGUCGCUAGCAUGGGAUAUAUAUUGGCCAUAUUGGCACGUAUUUGACACAGAAGAAAGGCAAAGUGCACUUCAAACACUGAAUGCCGAGUGUGGACAGUGGUCGCCAUCUUGCUUCCUGUUUGUAAUCAGUAAAACAAAAUAGAAUCACUCAAGAAAUCAAAUGUAAAAAUCAUUUAAACUUCAGAAGUAACGAAUGUCUACGCUCAUACGGGUCUCUUCCUCCUACUUCCUGGACAAAAGCCGCUUCCUCUUCCUCGUGGUGCCCCCUUGCCUCCUCCACUUCCCACGAGGAGGGGGGUGCUGCAUUCUUUUCACUAAGUACUUCUUUGUUGGCCUCUUUGACUUGUAAAUGUGUGUACUUCUUACGUGUGUGUGUGUGUGUGAGAGUGAGAGACAAAGAGUUAAAUCCUUUUUUGUGCUCCGUCAUGUUAAAGCCGCCAUCUUUGUUUGGCUCCACCCCCUCACAUCAGGUUUUCAUGUGGAUUGCUAUGAUUGGCUGUGAUAUGAGGGUACAUUGUCUUCAUAUAUGACUGCCCUGAUGAGACUUUUGACAUCUACUGUACAUAUAUAAGGGUGAUGGGGGGGUCUCCAGGACAACAUGUGGACAAAGUGGGUGCACUAGGGG